AUGGGUAGCUUAGGUUGUACUUUCGAGUCUGGAUUUUGUAACUGGAAAAAGCCAAUUGGAGCUACCGACGAGUGGAGAAGACAUAGCGGCCCAUCGCCAAGUCGCCUUGCUCUACCAAGCGUCGAUCAUACAUACCAAAACGUAUCAGGCUAUUACCUUUACGCGAAAACAUCCAUAAAGUCUGAAGGAAGUAGUAUUAUCGUUGAAAGCCCUGUAUUCUAUUCAGAUAGUGCCUUUUGCCUGUCUUUUUGGUAUAAUGGGAAUGGAAAACCAAUUGGUCCUUUCAUUGUUUACGAUUAUUUUAACGUAAUAUAUAAUAUCUCCGGCAAUAGUGAAAGCGUUUGGUAUCCGGUUAAACUAGAUAUCUCUUCCGGUUUCAAUAAGAUCAAAUUUGUGGGAGUCAAAGGUAAAUAUUCCAAUGGCGAUAUUGCCCUUGACGACAUCGCUGCGGUACCAGGACGUUGUAGUAAGCCAAUGAUAGUAACUGCUUUCAUUAAAAUCUAG